AUGGAGCUGAGAAUUGUGCGGUUACUCCUUCCUGGCCUUUUGCUCUUCAUCGCGCUGCAUCGCUGUUCAUCACGACCAUGUUUAGAUCCGAUUAUUUCACCACUCUAUGCCUCCUCGUUCUGGGCCUCCUCCAGAUACAAUUUUCUCUAUUCUGCUCAUUUUGCCAAACUCCAUGGGAGCAGUGGCUGGUCUCCGGCCCCAGGAGACACACAGCCAUGGCUGCAGAUCAAUCUGGGUAGGAAGUAUCGGAUCGUCGCUAUUGCCACACAGGGUACCUUCAACUCUUACGACUGGGUGACGAAGUACACACUCCUCUAUGGAGACCGUUUUGAUGCUUGGACUCCUUACAUCAUGAAAGGAGGCAACAUGACAUUACCUGGCAAUUGGAACUACUACCAGGUGAAGAGGAAUGUCUUUCACUAUGCCUUUACUGCUAAACACCUGCGACUCCUACCAAUGGGCUGGAACACGGAAAACGGUGGAAAGAUCGGUGUAAGGCUUGAGGUCUACGGCUGUCCCUAUGACUCAUACGUGAUGCAUUUUGAGGGGGAUGACAUGGUGGCGUACUCAUUUCCUGGUGGGUCACUAAGAAGCUUGCAGGACCACUAUGCUUUGAACUUUAAGACACUUGAGAAAGAUGGUGUGUUGCUGUACAGCGAAGGCAUCCAGGGAGACUUGAUCAUGCUAGAGCUGAAGACUGGACGACUCUACCUGCAUAUAUCCCUGGGAAGUAGUACAGUGCAUAACAUGAACGGCAUGACCACAGUGAGGCUGGGGAAUCUUCUGGACACACAGCACUGGCACUUUGUCACCAUUAAACGCUAUGGCCAAGAUCUCAACUUCACGCUAGACAGCCAGACUGAGCAUGUCUCCCUCGGUGGCGAGUUUAACUAUCUGGACCUGGACAAACAGAUAUAUGUAGGUGGUGUGAUUGAGAAAGACUCACCUCACCUCCCAGGUAAGUUCAACUUCCGUGGCUGCUUAGAGAAUGUCUUCAUCAACGGAAUCAACAUCAUUUACAAGACCCAGUAUCAAGAUCCAGAUGUACGGUUUGCUCCCAAAAAGAAAAAGAUGCACUACACGUGUCGUGACCUUCUUUGGAGACCCAUGACCUUUGCGGGACCCAACAACUACCUGCAGGUGCCUGGGUUCUUUAGGAAGAGCCGAUUGGCAGUGAAGUUCAAGUUCCGGUCUUGGGACUACACAGGAUUGCUGAUGUUCACCAGGUUUGCUGAUGAUUUGGGAUCUCUGGAGCUUGGAUUGAGUGAGGGUCAAGUCAACAUCACGCUCACGCAACCAGGGAACAAGAGACUCCGCUUCGCUGCAGGAUAUCGUUUAAAUGAUGGUUUCUGGCACACGGUGGAUCUGGCUGCUAGAGACAACUUGCUGUCAGUCACUGUUGAUGAGGAUGAGAGCUCGCCAUUGAAGAUCACCAACCCGUUUAUCGUUCGUACCGGAAACACCUACUUCUUUGGAGGCUGUCCUAAGACCAACAAUACAGAACGCUGUGUGACCAAGCUGGCACGCUUCCAUGGGUGCAUGCAGCAGAUCUUUAUCGAUGAUGAGCCUGUGGACAUUGACGUGAUGCUGCAGAGGAAAUGGGGCAGGUACACGGAGCUGCUGCUGGGGACGUGUGGUAUCACUGACCGGUGCAGUCCAAACCCGUGUGAACACGAGGGCAGGUGCAUCCAGUCCUGGAAUGACUUCCUGUGCAUCUGCAACAACACUGGGUACAAAGGGGAAGUGUGUCACAACUCUGUCUACCGGGAGUCGUGUGAAGCCUACAGACUGAAUGGAAAGUAUUGGUCCGGCAACUACACCAUUGACCCAGACCUGAGUGGCCCGCUCAAGCCUUUCACUGUCUACUGCAAGAUGAAACUGAACAAAGCCUGGACCAUCAUCCAGCACAACCGUGUCGAGAGGACCAAAGUGACCGGUUCCAGCUUGGAUCAGCCUUAUAUAGGAGACGUCCAGUACGUGAACGCCUCGUGGGACGAGGUCACCGCUUUAGCCAACACGUCACUGUAUUGUGAACAGUGGAUCGAGUUCUCAUGCUACAAGUCACGCCUUCUAAACACUUUAAAUGGAAGGCCUUAUAGUUUUUGGAUUGGUCGGCAUAACCAGAGUCACGAAUACUGGGGCGGAUCUUUCCCUGAGAGUGGCAAAUGUGGCUGUGCCAUCAAUCAAACCUGCACCGACCCCAAGUUCUUGUGUAACUGUGAUGCAGAUUAUCGCCAAUGGUAUUCAGAUAAAGGUUACCUGAUGUUCCGUGACCAUCUGCCUGUCAGGAGGGUUGUAGUUGGAGACACAAACCGCCCCGGCUCAGAGGCCCAGUUCAGUGUCGGACCACUGCGCUGUUCUGGAGACAGAAGUAUCUGGAAUACAGUAGCCAUUACCAAGCCCACCUAUAUGACCUUCCCAACCUUUAAACCUGGCACCAGUGCUGACAUCACCUUCCACUUCAGGACCUACCGCACAAACGGUGUUUUCCUUGAAAACUCAGAUGACCAUCUACGCAAUUUUAUCAGGAUCGAGCUGAACUCUACUACCGAGGUGGUGUUCAUCUUCAUGGUGGGUGACGGGAUUAGGAAUGUGACCCAGCGCACUACCAAACCGCUCAACGAUAACGAAUGGCACUACGUGGAGGCUGAGAUUAAUGCCAAAAUGGCACGUCUCAAAGUGGACUUCUAUCCUCCGGCUAUCCAUAAGUUCCCUGGGCAAACCUACAUCAGCAUGGAGUUCACUCAACCCCUGAUUGUAGGUGCUGCAAAUCACACUCUAAGACCAUUCUUGGGUUGUCUGCGUGGCCUCCGAAUGAACGGUGUCCCUGUGGAUCUGGAGGGGAAGGUUGAUGAGCGCACAGGGAUCCGGAGGAAUUGCACUGGAGCGUGUCUUAACGCCUCCAUCCCCUGCCGGAACGGAGGGCAGUGCAUUGAUGGCUACGCCUCGUACUCCUGCGACUGCAACAACACAGCCUUCGACGGUUAUUACUGCCAUCUCGAUAUAGGAGCAUUUUUUGACGUGGGUGCUUGGCUGCGCUACGACAUCCGUAAAGAGCCCAUUUCAGAGGAUGCCUGGUGGGCGAACUUCUGGAUUGAGCCACACUGGCACCACUUCAUGUUGGGCUACAACACCACCACGGAUGACAUUGAGUUUAGCUUCAGCACGCAGCAGACUCCAGCCGUGCUGCUCUACAUCAGUUCCUUCCACAAAGACUACAUCGCUGUGCUGCUCAAGAAAGACGGUACUCUCUCCCUGAGGUAUCGUCUGGGUUUAUUAACGCAUAAAUUUCAGCUGACUACCAGGAACCUGGCUGAUGGCUUCCCUCACUUUGUCAACAUCACCAGACACAAUUACACCGUAUGGACCCAGGUGGAUUACAUGGAGCCGUGGGUGGAGAGAUUAACUCCAGGGGAGAUUCCCAGAUUUGACUCACCAAAGAGUAUCUUUCUUGGCCGUGUCAUGGAGGUUGGCGAUAUUGAUUACGAUGUUCAGAGACACAACAGUCCAGGAUUAGUGGGCUGCAUAUCGGGGGUCCGUUAUAACAUCUUUGCACCACUGAAGGCGUAUUUCCGGCCCAACGUCACCAACCCACCUGUCACCACCCAGGGCUACGUGGUGGAGUCAAACUGCGCUGCGUUCCCUCCUGUCCUAGGCUACGUGCCCUGGGAGGACGACCCCUGGUUCACUGGAAUAUUCUUUGAUUAUAUUCAUGAUGAUGUGACUCCACCUUGGAUGACGUUGAUCGUCACCGUGUCACUGAUGCUGCUGUUCCUCAUGCUGUAUGGGAUGUACAUUUACCUGUACAGAUAUAAAGGCAGCUAUCACACAAACGAGCCGAAAAACCUGGAGUCGCCCAGUUCUGCUCGUCCUCUCACCGAAACGCUGCGCAAGGAGAAGAAGAACCUGUCGGAAAUCCAGGAGGAGGCGAUUGGUGAAUAACAUCUUGAGAGAAACAGGGUCCAGGGGAACGUGGGGAGGGGUGGGGUGUUGAGGAGUAGGGGGCUUUGGGGUAAUCAAAGGAAAGGAAGAGGAAAUGAUGGAAAGGAUAGAUGAAACGGGUUAAGUUACAAUUCUAGAACAUGCCUAUAUUGAGUCUUUAUACUUUUCAUUUCUAUUGUGUACUUCUGGUAUUUUUUCUGCCCCUGGUGUCCAUUGGUGGUAAUCGGAUGUUAAUCUGACAUCUGGUGCUUUUUGGCUCAACAUUUGCAGGGUUCAUCAGAUCCGUGUCCCGUAAUGCAGUGCUGGCCAAAGUAAGUGCCUCAGGAAUGGAUAACGUUUAGGAAGAACCGACAGGCUCGUUUGUGUCGACAGUGCUGUGUUUAAGAAAUCCAGGUUUCUUAAAAAGUAAAAAGAUGAGAGAAAAAUUAAAUGCACAACAAAGAACAAACAAAAAAAAAAUCACCUGGCAUUUUACUAAUGUACAUGUUUACAAAGAUUGUAUCUAUUUCUGGUAAACUAUAAAUAUAAAUUUGCAUGCAAAAGUUUGCGCACCCCUAGUCAAAUUCUAUACACAGUGUUGAAUUUUGACCUUUUUUGAAAUCACUUAAAUCUACUGCAUAUGCAUAGUUGCAUAGUUAUUUUAUAUUUAUUGAACCUAAAUAGGGGGCAUGGUGGCUUAGUGGUUAGCACGUUCGCCUCACACCUCUAGGGUCGGGCCUCCGCCUUGUGUGUGUGGAGUUUGCAUGUUCUUCCCGUGCCUUGGGGGUUUCCUCCGGGUACUCAUGGUAGGUUGAUUGGCAUCUCUGGAAAAUUGUCCCUAGUUAGUGAGUGCGUGAGUGAAUGAGUGUGUGUGUGUGUGUGCCCUGCGAUGGGUUGCCACUCCAUCCAGGGUGUAUCCUGCCUUCAUGCCCGAUGACGCCUGAGAUAGGCACAGGCUCCCCGUGACCUGAGGUAGUUCGGAUAAGCGGUAGAAAAUGAAUUAAUGAAUGAACCUAAAUAUUUUAUUUUAUAUGUUGUUUUGUAAUGAGAGUCUGAUGACUCUUCCAUGCAGAUCAUUUAAUUUUUUUCAUUGUUACUUACUACAGAGUUUGCGUUCAAUUCUUUUCACUUUAGAAAUCAAUACAAUUUGUAAUUUGGCUAGAGGUGUCUAAUCUUUGCAUACAACUCUAAAGCUUUGAAAUAUUCAUACAAGCUGAUGGGUUAGAAAUCUAUAUUUGUUAUAUUACUGCCUUCAUCAGUGAGUAGACUUGCAUAUGCCUGCAGGGUCGUAUAAACACUCUUUCGGCUUUCUCCGGUGUGCUUAGCACGUACGGUCACUGUAAUUGGAUGAAUAGUAUUUAGAACGAAAGAGAAACUAGUAAUAUAGCAUAAAUAUAUGUUCCCAUACUGGUCUUUUUUUUUUUUUUAAAUAUAUGGAGAAGAGCCAUAGUGAGCUUGAUCAUGCCUGUAUUAAUGCUAAAUGUUAUCUUACAUGUUAGGUCUUCCCAAUUUUCAAUCUUUUACAAAUCCUGCCCUGUGAAAUGACUACGGAAAACCGUUCUGUGUUUUAUGUCAGUACGCCUUGACUCAGGGUUGAAAGGUUCCUCUCGCUGGUUCCACUAAAUCGUAUCGUACAGUCAAGUCUAAAAGUUUCCGUCCAAUACCAAGUACUCGCUUAGAACCAGAUGUUUAAUUUGAUUAAUUUGUUUUAUUCAGGAAUACAUUAUUUAACUCCGGUUUAGCUCCACGUGCUUUGUUGAACCCCUACUACCCACCCACUACCACAAACACCACCACCACCACCAGCAGCCAAGUCCUCUGUCUGUUACAAGGUGCUGAUUCUGGAGACUCCCUCUAUAUCGUCGCUGUCAAGCGGAAUCCUCGUAUCUCCAAAACCGUUAUUUUUCAGGAAAUGAAUAAAACGCCGUACCUUAUCAGCAGUGCACAGGGUUUAGUCCGCGUUGCAGUAGAUUGUCUUGCGCUAAAUUCCUGUCCUCAGAUGAGCACCAGAACUAGCGGGGGUCAAGAUUUUUUUUUCUUUGAGCCCAGUGUUUUGAAGACAUUUACCUCAGAAGACGUGUUGAUUUGUUGCAACUCUUCUUGAGGAGAAAUAUGCCGCGAAGCUCUCCCGCGGAGUGAGGAAGAGGUGGACAGUUGAAGUGUCCAAUGGAGUUAUGAGAUUUGCGUUCAAGCUAUUUUCAAGACUUUAGAUUGGUUAAUAACUUGUAAAAAUAACAGACCCACGUGGGGACUGACCAAUAGCAUCGAUAUGUGAAAAAAUAUGAAAUUGACCAAAUUUGGACAUACGAGGUUUCCGCCCGACAGCGACGAUAUAUGACUUAUGGCUGCUGUUUUAAAAAAAACUUACUAUUUAAUUACUCGACCCAAGUAAUUCACAGUGUCAUCUCGGGGACUGGUAACUGUCACCAGUUGUAUUAUCUAUGAAUUAAUCUUUCUUUCUUUCUUUCUUGAUUACACAAUUUACUUGGUUCAUGUACAGUCGCUUAAUUCUAAUUUUUACAACAGAACAGACUUUUGGACUCGACUGUAAGUUCUGACAUUGACCAGCAUUUUCAAUUUCCUGAAGCUCAUAUUUUCUAAACCGAAACUUCCAAAUCUCACAACACGAGUGGAAGCGCUGAGAGGAAAUACUUCUGAUUAGUCGCUGAUGUCUGAUGCGUUUUUGUGUGUUUGGAGCUGAGCUCAAGCUGGAAUCUGAUAUGCAUAUGCGGUUAAGCAAUUAUUAUAAAUACCUACCUACCUUCACACACACACAUACACACACACACAAUUUUGUCCAGUAAUCCGUAUGGUUUCAAAUCGAAAUAUAAUUUCAUCUCGCUGCUGUUUUUGCUGAAACUAGCAAAGGAUAAUACUUUAUAUUCCAUGUACGUAGUUUAUCAUAUCUUUGAUCAUAUCGGCCAUUUCUGGCAAGUUUAAAAGAAAACUCCAUCCUGAACGACUUGCACAUUAAUCUUUAGAGAUACCGUGAACUUUUAGCGGCGGUUUAAUUUACUGAGAUACAAUUUCAUGUAUAUAUUUGUUUCAAUUUUUUUCAGCGAUGCAUUUGUCUGAUUUUGCUUUGAUUUACAGUUGAACGAUGCAGCGGCGCUUUAGUGCUUUAGUCUUCAGUCUUCAUCUUCGCUGUCGAUCGCUAACUAGCUGUACAAAAUCUUCAAUGUCUUCUACGAUGGAUUUCUCAUUAAUACAGUUAAUUUGAGACAAAUCAUUAAACACAUCACAAACGCAUGAAUGUAAACAAGCUUAACGUUUCACAGUGGAGUUUUCCUUUAAUCUUAGAGCUAUUGUUUUUAGUUUUGUAUUAAAUUUGACUCACAAAAGCUGACAAUUUCUUAUUUAAAAAAAAUAUAUAGAAAGUCAAAUCUCUGUUGAUCUGCCCAAAUGAAACAUUUGGUUAAAUGAUUGGUUAUGGGUUUACAUAAUAAUAUCAGUAAACUUUGUGGUAAAACUAUAAAAGCAGCCAACAUUAGCACCAAACAGAGCACUGUAAUAGAGGUUAUAAGUUUAAAGAUCUAAUAGCCGAACCACAUGAUUGUAGUUAAUUUUAAUAUUAGGGGGCGGUGGGGGACGUUGCGAUGAAGCACAGUGUUAAAGAUUUUUUCAUAUCCAGUUUGUUAAAUAAGGCCACAAUCCUUGUACAGUGAUGUAAAAACGAUAUAUACAGUACUGUA